AUGGAAGCUCCGUGCGAAUUCAAGAUCGAGGACAGGCGGAGUCUCUUCCUCGUUCGAAGCCCGUAUUUCCCGAUCAAGUAUCCCAGCUCGUCCGAAUGCGUCCUCAGCGUCACAGAAUUUCAAAUCUGGGGGGGAAAAAAAACAGCACCGUCGGAGGACUCGGUCGUGAGACUGAGCUUCUGGAACGGGGAAUUCGCGGUCGAACCGAGCGACGGAUGCAGAGGGGACGGGCUGGAGGUCCGCGACGGCGCCGAUCGCAGCGCGCCGCUCUUGGACGUCUUCUGCGGGUUCGAGGUGCCCCGGAAUCUCACCACGUCCGGCCCUCACCUCUGGCUGAGGUUUCGGACGGACGCCGACGUCGAAUAUCAGGGGUUUCUCGGCUUCUACGAAUUUUGGAGGAAGAGCGCCUUCGAGGAGCCAGAGGUAACUACGGAGGUGGUCCAGGUUUCGAGCACCAUCACGGAAAAGGCACCUUCCGAGAGGUGUCACUUCGAAUCCGGAGGCACCCGGGGCACCGUAUCGAGUCGAGGGCUCGGAAGUCGCCGUCACACUCGAUGCACCUGGCUCGUCUCCGUUCCCCAAGGAUGGAAGGUGCACCUGACGUUCACCGAAGUGAAAUGCCGAGGAGGAAACUUGAAAGUGUAUUCGUUGAACGAGGACCUCCUCCUGGAGCCCUGCCGCCGACCUCCGAAUUCCGCGAAUGGCAACGACUCUGGCACGGCCUCGGUGGAUGGGACCGGAGAGAGCCUCCGCAUCGUCGGCACUUCCUCCCCUUCCAGGCAUCCUCUCUUCACGGCUUCCUACGUUGCGAUCUUAGACAACCCUUCCUCAGUUAAACUGGUGAACAUGGAAAGCUGA